UCACCUAUUUUCAGAAUUUAGUUUUUUUUCCUUUUUCUAUUUGGUCAAUCGCAUAAUUUUCACGACUCUUCUAGGAUAUUCGAUAUCGAGUUGGCAAUCGCUUUUAAGCUAAGUAGUCAGGAAAGCUUGGAUACUGAACAAUAUCGCUGUAUUCGAACUCAAGUAAAUUCUUAUCCACGAGCGGAUCUUGCGCGAUAAUAGACUAAUCACGAAUACACGUCGUGCCUUGGCAGAAAACCAAUCAUCCGAGUGUUAGCCAUAAAAUUAAAUAACUAUCGACCGCAAAACAGAAAAUUAUGUUCUCUAAUUGAUUCGUGAAAAUGAACAUUCGAGUCAGUCUCGUAAGUUCGUACGAGCAUUCAAAGAUGCAAUUGCAUGUGAAUUGUGUGGUAUUUUUAUCACUGGUAACAACUUAUUCCUGCGAUUCGAGUGUCCCAUCGAAAUGGAAACAAUAUAACGUUAGCAAUAGCAAUGCCAUGAAUUGCUUGGAGAAUUUGAUGAAAAAUACGACUUGGAUUUCGUCGGACUUUUUACUGAUUUCUGAAGAUAUCAGUGCGGGGUAUGAGCAGCUUGUGAGUCUACACCCAAACUUCAGAUGGGAAUUGAACUCUGGGACGCCGAAUGAUCUUACAGGCCUCUUCAACGUAAUCAUUUUUACAAAGAGCUUCGAUGAUCUGGAAAACAUUCUCAGCGUGGUAGACAUUAAGAAAAUGGAUAGUCGAGCAACGUACGUUAUCAGCGUUGGAAAUAAUUUCGCUGAUUUGGAAGAAGUCAAAUUCGCUUCCGAAGUCAUUCCCAGAUUGAUGUGGAAGUUGGAUAAAAUGAACGUUGUAUUCCUGGUGCCUUGCGAAGAGGAUAUUUUGGCAAUGACGUAUUUCCCAUUUUCCGAUCACUGUCAACCGGGGAAACUCGAAGUCCUCGAUAUCUGGAGACAAAAUAGAUUCGAAAAUAACGUUAUCCUAUUCCCAGAAAAAGCGUUGGACGUAAAAGGCUGUCGUCACAAGUAUGCGGCAGUACCCACAGAACAUCUGUAUCUUCUCUAUCAGAAAGAAUUGUCCGAAUCAGGAAAGGUGAUGCCGGGUGGCGUUGGAGGUAAACUUUGGGCAAUCAUAGCUGAAAAAAUGAACAUGGAUGUCCGUUCAUCGUUGAAGCAAACUUGGUCGAUAUCUGCAUUUCGGAAUGUGAUUUCCAGCAGGGAUUUUGACGUCAUAGUUGCCGGAAUGAUUCCUAUAACUGGGAUCCUUACAAUUAUGACUGUGGAAUGUGGAUACAUGGAACAAUCGUUUGGUUUUGCCUACACAUCCAACGAAGCGGUGAUACCUUGGACGAAUUUGACGCGACCAUUAUCCUUCAGAUUAUGGACUUUGACGGCUGUCACUUUUUUGAUAUUCAGCGGUUUUAUAUUUCUGACGUCUCGGUACCGCCGGCAAAACCAAGUGCUCGACAGACACGGAGGUUUCGAUAUCUUCGGAGUUCUUUUGGGCAAUACCCGACCAAUGCCACGCCAUGUAUUCGAAAGAUAUCUAUUCGGGAUUUGGAUCCUAUUCUCUUUCUGGAUCACGGCUGCGUACACCUGCAGUCUCAUUAGUUUCUUGACAACCCAGAACGGAAAUCGGGUGAUAAAUACCCUCGGAGAAUUACUUGAUUCCGGUCUAGAAUUCGGCGGCGACGAUUUCCAGCGUGAUUUCUACAACGAUCCUUCGGACCCCGUGAUGAUGAAAAUUCACGAUAGUUUCCAGUUAUGGGACUAUGAGAAGGGCUUGUCUAAACUUUUCGACGAGCAACAGGUCUUUGGUUUGACGAGCACGGCCGUGUUCUUUUUCAAUUUUUUGCGAUCAGAUCUCAACGUAGAGAAACGUCUUCAUAUGAUACAAGACAAGACGUUCAGUUACCUGGCGCCGAUGGCCUUGAGACGAGGAUUACCCAUUGCGGUUGGAAUACAGCGCUACGCUUCGCGAGCUAUCCAGGGUGGUUUAAACACCUACUGGGUGAAUUACUACCAGCGAAACCUGACGAAUACCGGCCCAAAACGUCCAUCGUCGCUCGCUCUACGACACACCCGUGGAAUAUUUUUAUUCCAUUCCAUCGGGCUACUUCUUAGCUUCAUCGUUUUUAUGUUAGAAUUAAUUUUACCAAGAUAUUUCGAAGGUUUCGCAUUGAGCGAAUAGUCCGACGAGAAGAUUGUAUAGCUGAUAAGUAUCGAAUGAAUAAAAAAAAACGAUGUUUCAAUGCGUUAAAUAACAAGUCAAUAAAUAUAGGUUGUCCCUAUCGAUUUUCAA